AUGCUCGGGUCCCUCCAUCGGACAUUGGCCCUAUGUGCUGUGCAACUAUUCACCCUGACAGCCUCAAUCCCAGCCCAAAUAGCCCUUGUACACGAUCUGCUCGAUAAAUAUGACAAAAAGGCGAAGCCAGUCUGGGACAAUAAUUCCUCAAUUAACGUCUCAUUUUCGAUGGAUUUGUAUCAGAUUCUCGAAUUGAACGAGCCGCAACAAUUUAUCCUGUUGAAUGCUUGGAUUAUUGAGCGUUGGUACGACGAGUUCCUCUACUGGGACCCGGAUGAAUACGGUAACAUCACAGAAAUCCGAUUGCCCCACGAUUCGAUAUGGAUACCCGACACUACACUUUACAACAGCUUGGUAAUGAAAGAUGACGACACGAGACGUCUUCUAAAUGCGAAGUUGACGACCGAUAAGAGGUUGAAAGCGGCGUGGAUUGAAAUGCUGUACCCGACCAUCUAUAAAUUUUCGUGUCUCCUUAAUUUGAGAUUCUUCCCAUUUGACAACCAGGUUUGCACGAUGACAUUCUCAUCGUGGACGUACGACCAAAAAGGCAUCGAUUAUUUCCCGUACUCGGAACAACUGGGAACGAGUAAUUAUCUGGAAAAUGAGGGAUGGUAUAUCAUGAAUACGAAGAUCGUGAGGAAAGAGGUGAAAUACAGCUGUUGUCCGAACAAGUAUACCCUACUCGAAUUGACGCUGCAUUUACGCCGAAAGCCCCUAUUCUACCUGGUGAACCUGAUCAUCCCUACUUCAAUCAUCACCCUAAUCGCGCUGGUCGGAUUUUUCACUACUUCCUCAGCGUCCGGUAUGCGAGAAGAGAAAGUAUCUCUCGGUAUCACAACCCUUCUCUCGAUGUCCAUCCUGAUGUUGAUGGUUUCUGAUCAAAUGCCUACCACAUCCACGUUUAUUCCACUUAUCGGCUGGUUCAUCCUGAUGAUGAUCAUGGUGAUUUCACUUGGAACGAUCGCCUCUUCAGUCAUUAUUGCCAUUCAGAAGAGAGGCCGACUAGGGGAACGGCUCAGCAAGGGAGCCUUACGAUUCGGGAAAUGCCUUUCGUACCUGACUUGUAUGCCAGUUCCUCAACAUCUACUAAAAGAGGAAAUGAUGACAGAAAUGUUCGACUCGCCAUCCGUUUCUGUAGCUCCAAUAAAAUCGGUGCAUGUCUAUUCUUCGGCGCCGAGAACGGCUAAUCAUGAAGAAAUAGUUGCCUCAACCCCGACAACAACACGACCUGUGCCACCGAAUUCACUCAAUUUGGAUGGGGAUGCUGCGUCUAUUGAUGUAUCGAUCACAAGCGAAGCUCCAUCCUGCCCUCCCUCAGCAAAGACGCCAAAGAUGAGGGCGGCACCGAAUAAUCCGUUCCGACAGGAGGUAGCCCAGCACACCCUCCGGAAAUACGCGAUCGCCGAGUACGAGUGGUUGGCCACGGUGAUCGAGCGGCUGUGUUUCGCCAUCUUUGUCACUGCUUUUGCCAUCAUCACAUUCGGGAUCAACUUUAUCGGCUUCAUCCAUUGGUAUGCCAAAGGAAUGGAGGCCAUCGACAAA